AUGCAAGCGCUCCUGCUCAACAUGGGCAUUGCGAGCCCGGUGACGCGCGAGAACGCGGGCGAUGCGUACCACCAGCAGCUGGCGCGCCAGCUCGCCGAGUUCCUCAAGGAGCCUAUGGCGCGCCACGGUGGCAUCCUCACGCUCUCGGAUAUCUACUGCCUCUUCAACCGCGCCCGGGGCACAGAGCUCAUAUCGCCCGACGAUCUAUAUCAUGCUGCAAUGCUGCAGAAGCCGUUGCACUUGGGCUUGCACGUGCGCAAGUUUGAUGGCGGCCUCAUCGUUCUCCAAUCCGACUCGCACAAUGAAGAGCAGGUGGCCGUGCGCCUCGAGCACUUGGCGCGGACUGCCAAAGACAGCUGCAUCACGUCCAACGACGUGGCCGCGGAGAUGCAGAUUUCCUUGUCGCUUGCCCACGAGUACCUCAAGGUUGCCGAGCAGCGCGGCAAGCUCUGCCGAGACGAUACCGUCGAGGGUCUAAACUUUUACCCGAACCGAUUUCCCGAAUUUUUGGUUUAA